AUGGUGAAGGUUUAGUGCUCCAAGCUGAGGACCAAUGCACAGUGAGACCUUACCAAGCAGUUGGAACUGAAGAAUGAGCUGCCCAGCCCGUGCGUGGUCAAGGUGACCGGAAGAGCUUCCUCGAAGCUCUCCAAGAUUUGCGCCAUCCGCAAGGCCCUCUCGCCCCGGGACGCCAACCGCAAGACCCUCAGGGAGAUCCGCAAGGGUUCCGUCUUCCCCCAGCGCAAGUUCGCCGUCAAGGCCUAGAGGCGUCCUCCUACUGUCUAGUGUGCGUUAAGGGUACUUCGGUCCAUGAAGAAGAAAA